AUGAGUGAAAUCCUGAAAAGAAGGCUUCUAGAAAAUUGUGUCAUUAUUUGGCUUACUUCAAAUAUUGAUCAUGAUGACAGUACACACAAAUUUAUCGAACGAUUACGUCAACUUAUUAACAUUGUGCAAGUAUUUGCCGAUGAAGAUUCUUUUACAUCUUACAUAUCCCAUGUGAUUGAAGAGCGCGUGCUUUUGAUUCUUUCAAAAGAUGUUGCCGAUCGAACGAUUCGAUUUAUAAAUCAACUAGAGCAAAUUGAUUCUGUCUAUUUAUUUGAUUCAAAUGCAACGCCAAAUUGGGUUUCUAAGGUUCGAAAAUUUAAAGGUACUUUCAAUGAUACUGAGUCCCUUUAUCCUAUCUUACAAUCGAAUUUUCGACGUGUUGAAAAUGAAAAUGUUGCUUACAAUAUUAUCGGUAAUAUUCUAUCUUGUGCUAAUGGUCAAAUAAAUAAACAAGAAGCAUCAUUCAUGUAUACUCAAUUAUUGAAAGAUAUAUUUAUUCAGAUGACAGAAGAUAAUAAAGAUGAGAUGAUCAAAUUUUGUCGCGAACAAUAUGCUGAUAAUCCACAUGAAUUACGAUUUGUUAAUGAAUUCGAACAAAGUUACGAAUCAAAUCAGGCUAUAAAUUGGUAUACACGAGAAGGUUUUCUAUAUAAAAUUGUAAAUAAAGCACUUCGAACACAAAAUAUUGAAUUAUUAUAUAGAAUUCGAACAUUCAUUCGACAUUUACAUAUGCAUUUACUCGAAUGUUAUCAAAAACAAGAAAACAAUGCGACAGCAAGAACACUCUAUAGAGGUCAACGUAUGUCGAUAAAUGAAUUUGAAAAGCUUCAAAAUAACAAAGGUGGACUUCUUUCUAUUUCGAAUUUUUUCUCGACUUCCGAAAACAAAUCAUUGGCUAUGAUUUACGCAGGUAUUUCGAAUGAUGAUGAAAUAGCUAUACUAUUUGAAAUUGAAAUUCAACCAUUCCUAAUUGAAAUCACAAGUCCGUUUGCCAAUAUUCAAGAAUUUAGUCAUUUUGGACAAGAAGAGAAAGAAUGGUUGUUUUCAUUCGGUUGUGUUUUUCGAAUAGUUGAACUUGAACCAGGGGUUAAUAAUCAACCUUGGAUUAUCCAUUUAUUAUUAACAAAUGAAUUUGAUCAGCAAUUAAAAAUGAUGACGGAAUAUUUUCGAAAUGAUAUUUAUAUUGGAUUACUUUUGCCCAUUCAUUCUCUAGCCAAAUUAUCUUACAAAAUGGGCAUUUACAGUACUGCUCUUGAAUACUAUCGAAUAGCUCUGGAGUCCGAAACAGAAUGGAGAGGAAAAAUUAUGAUUUUAAAAGAAAUUGGACUAACGUAUGAACGCCUGGCUCUUAUUGAUGAUGCACUCGCUUGCUAUAGCAAAGCACUUGCUAUGCACGAAAAAUUGAACAAUAAACAAACAAACGAUUAUCAUAGACUAUCGGCGAUCUAUAUCGGUAUUGCUGGUAUCCAUUCAAUUAAACAAGACAAAGAUCUGUCAUUGAAGUACUUAUAUGAAGCACUCAAUACAGAAUUAAACAUUGAACAACCGAGUAGAGAGAUUCUUCUAAAUUGUUACAAUGAUAUUGGUUUUAUUUUUUUUGCCAAAGAAAAAUAUGAUGAAUCUCUAACAAACUAUGAAAAAGCUUUGGAUAUUAGUACGCAAAUAUAUCCCGCAACACAUCCGAAUAUUGGUACUAUAUAUUUGAAUAUUGGAAAUGUCUAUCAAGCACAAAAUCAUUAUAAAGAUGCAUUAGAAAACUUUAAAAAGUCACUUGAUAUUCAACUCGCAUCUUUACCAAUUGACCAUCCGGACAUUGCUCGAUCGUUGAAUCAUAUAUCCGGCAAUUAUCAUGCUAUUGGUUGCUACGAAGAUGGACUUAGCUUUUGUCAAAAUGCAUUAAAUAUUUAUUUGAAAAGCAUGCCAGAAAAUCAUCCCAAUCUUGCUAUUCUAUAUAAUAAUAUGAUAGAACUCAAUGACAAGUUAGGUCGAUUGAAUGAAUCCUUAUAUUUCCGAUACAAGAAGCUUGCUAUUUAUUUAGCUACUUUACAACCAGAUGAUUCUAAGAUCGGUAUUACCUUCAAUACUAUUGCUGCGACUCUAACUGCUUUGGGUCGAUUUGAAGAAGCAGUAGAAUAUGCUUUGAAAGCAGUUGAUUUUACAAACAGAGUAUUUGGUGAAAGUCAUCCUGCAACAAAAACAUGUCGUAAAAAUUUGGAUGAUUUACUGGAGCGUAUGUCCUAA